GUACCCCCCUCCCCUCCACACACACACACAGACACACACCUCGCGUAGCGCAGCAGAGCAGAGAGCUGAGGUAGACAUUCAGGCGCACGAGCUGACGCUUCCCGCUGCGCCUUCUUUUUUCUACAGAACACAACACACACACACACUCGGCAGUCGCGGGAGAUUCAUCUAAACACAACUGGGUUAAACCUCGGCACACGCGGGAGAUUCAUCUAAACACAACUGGGUUAAACCUCGGCACACGCGGGAGAUUCAUCUGAACACAACUGGGUUAAACCUCGGCACACGCGGGAGAUUCAUCUGAACACAACUGGGUUAAACCUCGGCACACGCGGGAGAUUCAUCUAAACACUUGUGUGUGUGUGUGUGUGUGUUUGGGUGCGGUAUUCUUUGAUUCAGGGCGGUAGUUUCUGAUUUGACGCUGAAGUCCCGCGCGAUGCGCCUGUAGCGCCGAGAGUGAAGCCUUAGAGGAAACCUGGUGUGUGUGUGUGUGUGACUCGUCCAUCAUGGCUUCAGCCAUUCAGCCCACUAUCAUCCUCUCUGGUGUGGAGGAGGAACAGCCAGCCAAUCAGCAGCCAGGAGGAGAGCCAGGCCACACCCCUAUCUCCUCCCAGCAGGACCCUCCCCCUGCACGUGACCUCACCGCUCCAACCAAUCCUGAAUCGGUCCCCCAGCCAGAGGCUCCGCCCAAGGAGCACCUCACGAUCAUCUCUGAGAGCAUAGAGAGCAACGGGGUGUGUUCUGCUGAUGACUCCGCCCACCUGUCUCCUGGCCAUCGGCGGCAUUCUAAAUCAGGGGGUCAUCACCAUGCCAACGAGCAGCACGCUACACCAGGGGGUCAUCACCAUGGCAACGAGCGUGCCCGCCUGGGCAGCCGCUCCUCCGUGAGCUACGGCGGGUCGCCGCGCCCAUCACUCACGUGCCAUUCCAUCGCGGGCACUGAGGGUGUCGCCGACGGCGACAAGCCCAACGAUUACCUCAUCCUCGCCGCCCUCGCCUGCUUCUGCCCCGUGUGGCCCAUCAACAUCGUGGGCCUUGCCUUCUCCGCCAUGUCCCGUAACAGCCUGCAGCAGGGUAAUGUUGACGGAGCGAGGCGUUUGGGCCGGAAUGCCAAAGUUCUGUCUAUCGUGUCGUUUGUGGGCGGGAUCAUCGUCAUCGCCGCCGCCAUCGCUGUCAACAUCUGAUUCUGCUGAAGUCAUGAGUGUCGUCAUGACAACCAGCAGUCUCCAACCCCAUGACAGCCAUCCCCUGGUGGAAUAUUUUCAAGCAUCUCCUCUCUUAGUUCUCUUAUUCUCUCCUUCCCUGUUCUCUCCAUUCCAGUCACCUCUCUAUCUUCUCUUCUCCUCACUUCUUACACAAACCACGCCCCCUCAGAAUGCCUUAUGUAGCCCCGCCCAGUCCCACCUCUCUCUCAACCCUGCUGAUUGUGUCCCCGCCCCCUGGGUAGCCCCGCCCCCUGGAUAGCCCACCUGAGAUGAAUGGGCGCCAUGGCAACCAUGACUGCAGAAUGACAUCAGCAAGUGACCAGUCUCAGUGAUGUCAUUUCCUUCUGAGACAAGGCUUCUAGAACAUUCUGACACAAGGCUUCUGGAACAUUCUGAGACAAGGCUUCUGGAACAUUCUGACACAAGGCUUCUGGAACAUUCUGACACAAGGCUUCUGGAACAUUCUGACACAAGGCUUCUAGAACAUUCUGACACAAGGCUUCUGGAACAUUCUGAGACAAGGCUUCUGGAACAUUCUGACACAAGGCUUCUAGAACAUUCUGAGACAAGGCUUCUGGAACAUUCUGACACAAGGCUUCUGGAACAUUCUGACACAAGGCUUCUAGAACAUUCUGACACAAGGCUUCUGGAACAUUCUGAGACGAGGCUUCUGGAACAUUCUGAGACAAGGCUUCUGGAACAUUCUGACACAAGGCUUCUGGAACAUUCUGACACAAGGCUUCUGGAACAUUCUGACACAAGGCUUCUAGAACAUUAUGAGACAAGGCUUCUGGAACGUUCUGAAUCAAGGCUUCUGGAACAUUCUAAAAGAUGGCCACUGAAUCAUUUGCAAAUAAAGCUUCAGAAUUAUUGAAGAGAUACUGCUGGGAUGAUGGAAAAAGAAGCUGAAAUCUGAAGUCAAAAUAUUACUAUAAACAAACAACAUAAGCAAUCUAAACAUCAUAUGCAAACGUCAUAAACAGCAUGAACAAACAUCAAUAACAUCUGAAAGAAAGAAAAAGACAAUUCUAAGAAAGUGGCUCAUCUGAAAGGUGGAAGUGUCCCACCCACUGAAUCUUUUAAGUGAGUGGUUCCUGUGUGUGUGUGUGUGUGUGUGUGUGUGUGUGUGUGUGUGUGUGUGUGUGUGUGUGUGUGUGUGAAUCUUUUAAGUUAAUGGUUCCUGGCACCGAAUCUUUUAAGUGAGUGGUUCCUGUGUGUGUGUGUGUGUGUGUGUGUUUGUGUGUGUGUGUGUGUGUGUGUGUGUGUGUGUGUGUGUGUGAAUCUUUUAAGUGAAUGGUUCCUGGCACCGAAUAUUUUAAGUGAGUGGUUCGUGUGUGUGUGUGUGUGUGUGUGUGUGUGUGUGUGAGAAUCUUUUAAGUGAAUGGUUCCUGGGUAAGGAUGGUCCCUGGGUGAACUAUGUGCCAAAUGUUAAACUGAGCAGCUGAAGGACAGCUUCUAUAGUGGAGCUGUGUGUGUGUGUGUGUGUGUGUGUGUGUGUGUGUGUGUGUGUGUGUGUGUGUGUGUGUGUCUGGAAUUACCAGCUGCUGACCAAUAGCAACAGUGAUAGGGUAUUGCUAUGACAACCCUUGAAACCUGUAGAUAUGUAUCGUCAAUGAUGAUGAUGAAGAUGAUGAUGAUGAUGAUGAAUAUGGU